UUUGCAUCAAUUCCUGCUCAGCUCUCCAAAUCGUGCACAAAUUAAAAUAGAAAAUCAAGAAUAUGUUCAGUGAACCAACACAAUUUGGCGCAAAAUCUUUCUAUAAACAAUUUUCCUGUGUAAUUGUUGACAGUCGCAGUCAAGCUUUAAAGAUGUCAAAUGUCUCUGUCUGCGUUCGAUUUAGACCAUUGAAUGCAAGGGAAUUAAAGCAUGGCGCAGAAGCUUCCUGCGUUAGACGCUUUGAUGACCAAUCAUUUGUUUUUAAGGAGGACAAGGAAGGAGAAUUCACGUUUUGCUUUGACAGAAUAUACUAUCAAGAUUCAACUCAAGCCGAGGUUUUCGAGUUUCUUGCUUUGCCAAUUAUUAAAGAUGCAAUGAAUGCAAUUAAUGGGACAAUCCUCACCUACGGCCAGACUGGAGCAGGCAAGACGCACAGCAUGGAGGGUCCUAGUAUCUUAACAACUGACCAGCAGCAAAAGGGUAUUCUUCCCCGAGUUAUAGAAUAUAUAUUUACAUCAAUAGAAGCUGCUGACACUACCUCUGAGUUCAUUAUCAAACUCAGCAUGGUGGAAAUCUACAUGGAAAGAAUAAGAGAUUUAUUUGAUCCCUCAAAGGACAACCUACAGGUGAAAGAGGAUAAAGCACAUGGAAUCUUUGUUUCUGGAGCAACUGAGAUUUAUGUCCAGAACGUACAAGAAACACUCAAGCAUAUAGCUGAAGGCAUUGCCAACAGAGCAGUUGGAGAGACCCAAAUGAAUUCUACAAGUAGCAGAAGCCAUUGUGUUUUCCUUGUAACGAUCCAUCAGACAAACACUGAAGACGGAAGUGUAAAAACUGGCAAGCUUUAUCUUGUGGACCUUGCUGGCUCUGAAAAAGUAGAAAAAACAGGCGCUGAAGGAAAAAUAUUGCAUGAAGCAAAGACAAUAAAUAAGUCACUCUCUGCACUGGGGAAUGUCAUCAAUGCAUUGACUACUGAUAAGCCCUGCCAUAUUCCCUACCGUGAUUCAAAGCUAACCCGCAUUUUACAGGAGUCUUUAGGUGGAAAUUCACGAACAGCUUUACUAUGCUGCUGCUCACCAAGCUCCUUUAAUGCCUCGGAGAGCUUGUCUACAUUACGCUUUGGUACCAGAGCAAAGCAAAUUAGAAAUAAGCCUAAAGUUAAUAAAGAACGAGGGCAACAUGAGUUAGAACAAUUAAUUGUCAAGUACGAACAAGAGUGUGAGCAGCUUCGUCGACAACUUCUCAUGCUUAAUGCCCGUCUGCACUCACUUGAGAAAGGUGAAAUGAACAAAAUGUCUACGGAUUAUCCAGACUCUUGUAUCAAAACUUAUAAUAAGGAUGGGCUAUUAGGAAAGUUGAAGGAAAGCCUAUCCAAAAGAACUCCAGUCCUUGAAGAGAUUAUCAAUUUACUUAGAGAUUUACUGGUAGAGGAGGGAAUCAUUCUCGAGUCAUGCAAUACAGAGUUCAGGAAAGACCUUUUGGUCUCUAGUGAAGCAGAAAUCAACAAAACAAUUCUCAUCUUGCAAAAGUCAUUGGAACAAUUAUCAGAAAACAAUGAAACGCUUACAAGAGAGAAUGAGUCCUUGAAGGUUGAAUUACGGGCUGCUAGAUACUUGGAACUUAAUCCAUUGAGGUUUACUGAGAACCCUCCUUCAAACAGCUCAGGAUCUGCAUCAUUCACCAUUUGUGAGAAAGCAAAAAUAAUCCGACCUAUUAGAGGUGGCUCUCAGUAUACACAAGUAAUUGACUCUGCAAAGAGCCACAGAGAAAAUGCCGGCAAUGUUGCUAGCCUAUCAUUUUUGCAGCUCACAUUAGCAAAUAUCAAGAGUAGAUUUCUAUUUCUGAUGGGCAAGGUUUAGGUUAUUGACAGAAUUUCCAAAUAUGCCUGACUGAGCAGAAUUUUAUGGCACCAACCAAAGGUAUCUCUUUGAGGUAACUGCAAGAAACGUAUAAAUGCCGAGUUGAAAAAAUAUUGGUGCCCAUGAUCUUAUCCCAUGCAGGUAAAUAGUAAUAUUUUCUUGUACAUAGGAUUCUGUGGAACUUAAACACAGCUCCAGGGUGUUGGAUUCUCUCAUUUUUCCCUUGCUUUUGGGGAUGUCUUUCUGAAGUGUCAAAGUAACACUACAAAAUUCACAGUUUUCACAGUUUUAAGAAACUUUGCCGCAUGAAAAUUCCUACCAGUGAACAUGCUUUCUUUUUGUGUCAACAUGCUGUGAAGUAAAAUUUUAACAAGUAUACUUUAUAAAAGUGCUCUGCUUAAAGAUCAA